AUGGCCAAGAACACCAUCUCCAAGCUCUUUAAGUGCAAGCCCUCUAAGGGCGAUGUUGUCGCCGAGGUAAAAGGUACCCCGCCCGACGUCGUUUCUUCUGCAAAGAACGCGUCAAAGGAGAAGAAAAAGAAAGGAAAGGCUCGCCGUGUGUUGUUGAAUAUCCUUAAGAAGACCGUGCCUUGCGCGUCGGGCAAAUCGCACGAUGUCGGAGCUAUCAUCGACGAUGACGAAAGCUUCUAUGAUCAAAAAUACAAGCCAGAGUUUACCCCCACUGGCGAGUGUAUCUUCGAGGCCAGGUAUCCCGCUCCCUCCAAGGGAACCCCCAUCCCCGCCGUUGCUGUAUCCGAGAAUGGUGACCGACAUGGGGAUAUCGCCCAGCCCAGGCUUCACGCGCCCACUGCAAAGAUCGAAGGCAAGAAGCCCAUUAGGCCCACCCCCAAUAUCAAGGAGAUCAAGGAACGCCUUGACAAAGUCGCCCCGCCUACGAUGUAUGGACCCGACAACGUGGGUGCAGAGUAUGAACACUUCCACGGACGCGUUCUCAAGCCUUCGUAUCAUACUACCUCCGCUUCUUUGAGGUCGAGGGGCCCAACUGUCAUCAAUGGUAUGGGCCAUCCUGAGCAGGUCCCCGGGGCAGCAGCACCCAUCUCCGCCAUUACUCUCGAGCACAGGAAACGGCAAGGGCAAAUCGUACACCCUCCAGUAUACGUCCGCGACUUCCAAUCCGCUGGAGUCACUAAGAUCAGAGAGUUGGUCAAGCCUGUCGCUGACAACCACGCCGAUGCUGUUGAAGUCGGGGAGGUCAACACUACCCGUGUUAACCAGAAGAAGAGACGUCAUGCGCGAUUUGUCCUCCCCGAAGACGAUGUUUCUGCCAACAAACAUGUCACCGUUGCUCAAGCCGAAGAUUCAAUCGUUCCCGCCGUUGAGGAAUGUGUUGUCGUUGAGGGCGCGGAGCUUGUCAUCGAGGAGACCGUUAUCGUCCAAGGGGCGGCCGUUGCCAAGGAGCCUGCUGCUGUUGAUGGUCUAGUCACUGGGGAGUUUGCUAUAGUCGAGGAGCCUGUCGUUGUAGAAGUUGUCAUCAAGGACAUCAAAGAAGAACGUUCCUCAUCCUGCAAUGAUGUCGACCUUUCUGCUGCAGUGGAUGACGUUGUCGCUGAGGUCUCUACCUCCUGUGUCGUCCUCGACCACGCCGAUUCUCUUUCUGUGGGCACUAAAUUCAUCAUUCGUGCCUUUGGCUCUAUCUUUUUGGACGCAAAUGCCGACUGUGACAUUGCUCCCCUUGAAGAUGACACCUAUCUCUUGGGAGUUUAUUCAGUAGAUAGCAACUUCAAGGUCGAUGCAUUUGGAUCCGUCCCUCUCCUGGACGAUGAUAUCAUCGAAGCCUUCAUUAACUGUCAAUAUCUUACUCGGGUUGCCCUUGAUUCGCCAACUACGGAUUCCCCUGUCAUCAGUGAGGACGGCAUGGAAGAAUCCUCCGACAAUGGUUUGUCCCCUCUUGUGGAAUCCGCCGUUUCAGAGUACUCGUCGUCUCCUUCUACUCCAGUCGAGGUUCAAGAAACUUGCCCCGAGGCGGUCUCUGAUGACGAAAUGACCAAGGAAUUCGCUUCGUCUGUCCCUGAACUGGAAGAUUCUUCACCUAUCGCGGAUGUAAGCACGUGCACUCCUGUUGAUUCUCGGAUCUCCGUACUGUCAACUGCUGCCCAGCGCCGUCGAUUCGACGACCUGCACCCACCACAAUCAGCACCUAGGUCUGGGCUUCGUCCUCUCUCCCUGCCUUUGUACUACAACCGCCCGGAAUCCUACUACUACACUAUGCCUGAGUUGUAA